AUUUUUUAACAUUUACUACAACUUCCACUAACGCCACCUACUCCAUAUUUUUUUCUUGAUAAAAUUGUUGUAGGGUUUACACCAAUUUGGUGAUUCCUGUUCAAUUAAAAAUAUAUAAAAAUGGCAAAACCUAAAUCAGAAAAGAAAAGUAAAUCUGCAUUGAGCGAAGUUGUGACUAGAGAAUAUACUAUUCACCUGCAUAAACGUCUCCAUGGCGUCGGAUUUAAGAAGAGGGCUCCUCGUGCCAUCAAAGAAAUUCGUAAGUUUGCUGAAAAGCAAAUGGGCACUCCUGAUGUUCGAGUCGACACUAGACUGAACAAAUUCAUCUGGUCCAAAGGUGUUAGAAAUGUACCAUACAGAGUCCGUGUCCAGUUGUCUAGAAGGAGAAACGACGAUGAGGAUUCCAUUCACAAGCUUUACACAUUGGUUACCCACGUGGCUGUGACAACUUUUAAAGGUCUUCAAACAGAAAAUGUUGAUGUAAGCGAAAACUAAAUGUAAGAUCUUAUAAGUUCCUGGUUUAUUGUAAAGACAUUUUUCCAUCUUGUGUGUAUUACUUUGUGUAUAAAGUAAUAAAUAUUUACCAGGAGUA